UCGUGGAAACUUCCUCUAUUCCCCACCCCUGUAUCGUGUAUAAUCCAUUUUUAUUUCAAAACGAAGCCCCCAGAAAUCUUUCCAUCUAUUACUUGGUUGUAUGAUUCUGUUUCUAUUUCAUUCAACAUCGAAGACUUCACACUUUGUUCAACAUCUGUUCUUGUACGACUUUUUCUGUUUUAUUAUUUUAUUACUUAAUUUCUGUUUCUUUGUUGAAGUCGUUUCAAUCAAGAUUUUCUGCAUCAUCAUCAUCCAUGCGUCUUUCUUMUAUGUUUCUGUUUCUUUGUUGAAGUAGUUUCAAUCAAGAUUUUCUGCAUCAUCAUCAUCCAUGCGUCUUUCUUGUAUGUUUCUGUUUCUGUUUCUUACUUGUAACUUAAUCUCGUCUGUGAAGUUUGAAUUUGACUUGGGUGUUAUUGAUUUGGGGGUAGUCUUAUUGCUUUUCGUUUCUUGAUUUCAUAAAUGGAAGUGGGAUUGCUUUCUUUGAAUUCCGGAUUAGGUUAGGAUUAACUGAUUUAAGUGAUUAUGAAAACUUGCGAAUUGCAAGUCUUUCUGUUGUUUGUUUGAUGAAUUGAAGAGUUUACUGUUGGUUUCUAUAAUUGACUUUCUUUGAUAGAAUAGAAUAUACAGUUUGCCUUGGAAGGUUCUUAGAUCGUAGUUUAGUUUGAUACCAAUCGAAAAAGAUUAAUCUUUCUUGAACAAUAUAGUCUAAAUAGGGGAAACCCUUCUCUUUAUUUGUUUGUAACUCUAAAAGGAACUUGUAAACUUGAACACUUUUUGUUGAUACUACCACUGGCACUGAUGUUAAUGUAUUUGACUAUUUGGAGAUCAGGCAUUACCCAUUAGUUGGCCGAGUAUUGUGGCUUGUAUGCUAUGUUUUAUGAAACAUUAUGUGUGGUUCACCUUCAGCAUUCUGAGUUGAUUCAAGAAGUCUAAUUAUUUAUGGAAUUGAAGGCACCCGCUUAUUUAACGAGAGUUGAGAGGCUGGUGCUGCAAUUUGCACUCUUUUGACACAUAAUCUAUAGCAAUGAAUCAUCCACCUGAGAAGUUUGUGAGGUUUCAGGAUUGGAAAUCAGAUAACAGCAAUGGGCAAUACUCUACAAGUAAUGGAGGUUCUUCACAGAGAUUUAGAUCAACUUUAGGUUCAGUUUCCAAUAUGUUCCGAAAAAGCUUGGAACAUGGUUCUGGAGGGUUUAAAAGCUUGAAAAGAUCAAUGGAAUCUCAUUCCUUAAAUAGGAUUCUGAGUAGAGGCCUUGGUUCUGGGAAGAAAACGCUCAACCCACAAGGGAAAUUUCUUCAGAAGUGGAACAAAAUAUUUGUGUUGUCGUGUGUGAUUGCUGUUUCUGUGGAUCCGUUAUUCUUUUAUAUUCCGAUAGUCAAAGAUGACAAGAAGUGCCUUGAUUUGGACAAGAAGUUGCAGAUCACAGCUAGUGUUUUGCGUUCCUUCACUGAUAUCUUCUACAUAGUUCAUAUUAUCUUUCAGUUUCAUACUGGUUUUAUAGCUCCUUCUUCCCGAGUAUUUGGUAGGGGUGUUCUAGUUGAGGAUGCUUGGGAGAUUGCAAAGAGAUAUAUGUCCUCCUACUUUCUUGUGGACAUUCUUGCAGUUCUUCCAUUGCCACAGGUUGUGAUUCUGAUCAUCAUACCGAAGAUGCACGGGUCAAGAUCUUUGAAUACGAAAAACUUGUUGAAGUUUGUUGUUUUCUUCCAGUACAUCCCGAGGAUGCUUCGAAUCUAUCCUCUGUAUAAGGAAGUCACAAGAACUUCUGGAAUACUUACUGAAACUGCAUGGGCUGGAGCUGCUUUCAAUCUCUUCCUUUAUAUGCUGGCUAGUCAUGUAUUUGGGGCCUUUUGGUACUUGUUCUCUAUUGAGCGUGAAACCACCUGCUGGCGACAGGCAUGUGGAAAUAUAUCAGCAACGAUUGUAGAUGGGACAACUCCAGGCUGUGUCCAUUCUUCAUUUUAUUGCCAGGAUGAAUCACAUCCUGUGGGGUAUUUGAAUUCAAGAUGCCCCAUACAGGAAUCAAACAACACUCCUUAUGAUUUUGGAAUCUUUCUUCCUGCCCUUCAAUCUGGUGUUGUAAACUCGACUGAUUUUCCACAAAAAUUCUUCUACUGUUUCUGGUGGGGUCUGCAAAAUCUGAGUUCGCUUGGUCAAAAUCUUAAGACGAGCACCUUUGUGUGGGAAAUUUGCUUCGCGGUGUCCAUCUCUAUAGCUGGUCUGGUUUUGUUCUCAUUUCUCAUUGGGAAUAUGCAGACGUACCUGCAGUCCACAACCCUAAGAUUGGAGGAGAUGAGGGUGAAAAGACGAGAUGCAGAGCAGUGGAUGUCCCACCGUUUGCUUCCAGAUCCUCUUAAGGAGCGAAUCAGGAGGUAUGAACAAUAUAAAUGGCAGGAAACUAGAGGUGUUGAUGAAGAUAAUUUGAUCCGAAACCUUCCAAAGGACCUCAGAAGGGAUAUAAAACGACAUCUAUGUUUGCAACUGCUAAGGAGGGUUCCCAUGUUCGAAAAGAUGGAUGACCAACUAAUGGAUGCACUAUGUGACCGUCUCAAACCAGUCCUUUAUACCGAGGAUAGCUACAUCGUGAGGGAAGGGGACCCAGUUGAUGAGAUGCUCUUUGUAAUGCGAGGCAAAUUAUUGUCGGUUACAACCAACGGAGGUCGAACGGGCUUCUUUAACUCUGAUUAUCUGAGAGCAGGUGAUUUUUGUGGUGAGGAGCUUCUUACAUGGGCCUUGGAUCCCCAUACAUCAUCCAACCUCCCAAUCUCUACAAGAACUGUCCAAGCACUUGAAGAAGUGGAGGCAUUUGCCUUGAUGGCUGAUGACCUGAAGUUUGUAGCCUCUCAGUUCCGCAGACUUCACAGCAAGCAGCUACGCCAUACUUUCAGGCUCUACUCGCAGCAAUGGAGAACGUGGGCGGCUUGUUUCAUUCAGGCGGCAUGGCGGCGGCAUUGUAGGAAGAAGUUGGAGGACUCACUUCGGGAAGAAGAAGACAGGCUGCAAAAUGCGUUAACUGGAGGCGGUGGGAGUGGUGGGAGUUCACCUAGUUUGGGUGCCACAAUUUACGCAUCAAGAUUUGCGGCUAACGCGCUCCGUGCUUUGAGGCGAAAUGGUGCAAGGAAAACAAGAAUUUCUGAGAAAUUACCACCCUUGAUGCUUCAGAAGCCAGCAGAGCCAGAUUUCACUUCUGAAGAUAAAUGAAACUCUUAGCUCUGCAUUUUUAAACCCUUCUAGGGAUUGUUUAUAUUAUGUUGUACAAGGAGAACAUCUUAUUUGUAUUGCUGUAAAAGAUACAAAAUAUCCAGUCAAAUGAUUGUUAACAUUUAUAAUUGUAGAUAAAUUGGGAGUUUUUGA